AUGGAAGCGAACCCGGAGUCCAUUGCGGGGAUCCCCCCUACCGUCCGCGAUAUCGACAACAAGUCCAACCCAGACGAGACCCCUCAACACGCCUCUGUACCAUCCCUCCGCCCGACCAAAGACACGACUGCUAAGAUUUCUGCCUCUUCGACACAUUUGGGCCAGAUAAAUGCUGCUCGACGAGGGGCAGGGCCAGGUGCUCCUUCCCGCCCACAAGCAUCAAUGAGCGGCGCGCAGGCCGGUGGUUUGAAUCAGGAUAUCUUGGCCAAGAUGAAAGCUUUUUCUCUUUCACGACAGGGUGCUCCUCCAUCCCUGCCGCACAUUGCCUCUACUGGGCAAAUUCCCAGGGCUCCGGUAUCUCCACCGACGCCCGGUACCCCCGGCACAACCUCCACACAGUCUACUAGCCCUGUACCCCAAUUAGGGGGUGCAUUGUCAGGAGGACGAUUGCCUCCGGCUCGCCCGAACAACAAACAAAACUGGUCUUCUCCCACAGUACCCUCAGCACCCUCGCCCGUGCCUAGUUCUAACUCUCCCCGACCCGGUGGUUUAGCCGCGAAGCGAAUGAAGCCCGGGUUGAAAUUGUCUGAUGCCGCAGGCCCCAAUGGAGGGCCCCCGGGCACUCCAGCUGCUGGCAACCCAGCAGGGAGUGGAGAGUCUGCAUUCAGCAAAUAUUCCGAGUUCAUCGACACCAAGGCAGGGACACUCAAUUUCAAGAACAAAGCUCUCAUCCACGGUCAUGGUAUUGAGUUUUCGUCAGGGCAUAGUUUCAGCAUUUCAUUAGAUGAGGUCGACCGUCUCGAUGAACUUGGAAAGGGGAAUUACGGCACCGUCUAUCAAGUUCGACACAGUCGGCCACAUGUGCGAAAACCUGGUAUGGGAUUAAGGGGCAUCAUUAGUCGCCCAGCGGGCCCGGAGGAUUCGAAUGCGGAUGCUACGCCCGUAAUAACUAAACAUGAUAACUUGUCGGGAGUAAUUAUGGCGAUGAAAGAGAUCCGUCUGGAAUUGGAUGAAAGUAAAUUCGCCCAGAUCAUCAUGGAAUUGGAUAUUCUCCACCGCUGUGUCUCACCCUUCAUCAUCGACUUUUACGGCGCGUUCUUCCAAGAAGGGGCUGUUUACAUGUGUGUUGAAUACAUGGACGGUGGCUCAAUCGACAAGAUUUACAAGGAGGGUGUGCCGGAGAACAUUCUUCGCAAAGUUGCCCUGUCCACUAUCAUGGGAUUGAAAACCCUCAAAGAUGAUCACAACAUCAUCCAUCGGGACGUGAAGCCCACCAAUAUCCUCGUCAACACCCACGGUCAAAUCAAGAUUUGUGAUUUUGGCGUCAGCGGUAACCUGGUUGCUAGCAUUGCCAAGACUAACAUUGGGUGCCAGAGCUAUAUGGCUCCCGAACGAAUUGCUGGUGGUGGCGUGCAGCAAUCCGGAUCGACCAGUGGUGGAACCUACAGUGUUCAGAGCGACAUCUGGAGUUUGGGGUUGUCGAUCAUCGAAUGUGCCCUUGGUCGAUAUCCGUACCCCCCUGAAACUUUCAACAACAUUUUCAGCCAGUUGCACGCAAUCGUUCAUGGAGACGCUCCAACACUUCCAGAUACCGGAUACUCCGAUGAAGCACAUGCGUUUAUCCGUGCAUGUCUCGACAAGAACCCUAACAAUCGCCCUUCAUACUCCACGCUUAUCAGACAUCCUUGGCUGUCACCCCUCAUGCAACCUCCUUCAGAGUCGGAGUCCACUGAAGCUUCCGAUGAACAGGCAUCUUCCGUCACUGAAGACAAAGAAGUUGCGGACUGGGUCAAGGAAAAGUUAGAACGUCGCCGACUUGGCCUUUUGGGAGAUGGGGACAAGCCAGCGCUACAUGCUGUUGCUUUAGACGCAGUCCCUGGGAGCCCUCUCUUGGAUGACCCGGCUGCGAUCUUGCAAGGUUGA